UAUGUAAAAUGGAAAGAAAUGCACAAAUGUACAAGCAAAAGUCCUUCUUAACUUCCUAUUCAAUCAGCUCUGUACUAAAAUAUGUUUGUAACCCCCCAGUGGAUUUAAUUUAAAUGCUCAAAGGUAAUUUCCAUAACGACACUAUACUGUGGAUUGACUUUUUUGUAGAGGUAAUUUUAACAUGGACUUCUUCAUAUAAGAACAUAAACAUGUUAAAGUGGUUGAAAUGUUUAUGUUUUACAAACUGAAUUUCAUUAUGUGUUAAAGCAGUGUUUCUGCCAGUGCAACAGCAUAUAGUAGGUUAGUGAACCCAUAGUUGAAAUGUUUUACUUAUUUGGGAAACAUCAAACAGCUAAAAAUGUGGAUUUAAAAAAAAAAAAAAAAAAUGCAGUGCAUCUUCCACUGUGAGGUUUAGCACAGAGUAGAAAGUCCUCAAAGUGGUUCAUUAAUUACUCUUCCAAGGAGGGUUUGAACUUUCAGACCAAACUGACAAAAAUAUUCCAAACUGUUAAUAGAAGCUUAUCGAGUCAUACGUUUAAUGAGAGUUUUUCUUUGUGGGCACUAUAACACCUGCUACUGUAAGUUUUAUAGCUCUUAUAUUUAAAUCACUUCUUCAAAAGCAAAAUACUACAGUUAUUUACUUUGUGUUUUCUGUAUAGUACACUUUGGGAAGGACACUUUUUUUUUGUCUAGACAGAAGGUUUACCUGGAAACGUGUGUUUUGUCAUAGUAAUUUUUAUGUAGCCCUGCUUCUCUCUGUAACUACAGAUAGCACAUGAUGUAAAAAGACGAAACUUACUCCAGAAAUUAGUAGGCCUUAAUCAGAACGGCUUUUCAGUAGUGUAAAAAUUGUGGUACUUUUUGAUUUAAGAUGUCCCUCUUUGCAACAAUGCAAAGAUUUUACAUCAUAGAUAAAUACGACUACUAAAGAGGCACUGAAACCUGUAAAGUGGGCCUAGAACAGCUCCACUGUUAGUGUUUGGCACUAUAUUCUGACUUAUGUUGAAUCAGGUGUAGCGCUGAAAUGUUGCUAUGUGGUUGUGUGUUUUGACUGCAGGUCAGCGGUGUGUUACAUGAGUUUUUCUUUGUCUGGUUUAGUACCUCUGAUCUGAACCAUGGGGAGUCGCGCUUUUCCGAGGUCACUAUUCUUAGCCCAUAGUAAUCCCAAACACACAAACAGACGACUGCUUCUCACCUGUUGAAACUGAACUCUGCAAAGUUGUUUAGAAUGUGUCCAAAGCUUGUUUUGAAGUUAAGACCCCCUAAGCCUGUAAUUACAUGUAACCCAGGUGGCGUUGGACUACAAUAUCCCUGAACUUUCUCAGGCCUGCUCUUCUUUGUUGUAUAAUCACCGUCCUUAUUGUUAGGUUAGGCAAAAAAGUGUAUGUACUCUGCAACACGGUGAAAUUUUUUUUUAAUCUGUCUAGAUCUGCAACAGUUAGUGAACUGAUUAGUCUGUAAGCAUAAAAAUAAAUAACUUUAAUUGUGCAAAUUCUUUAAACUUCAUACUUGACUGCAUAAUUGCAAAAACCCUCUAAAUCAAGUACUAAUAUAAAGUAGUGGUACAUUUAACAUUUUGCACACUAUGUCCUAAUCAAAUUAUAGAAAACAGAAGGAACUGCUACUGUAAUUGCACUUCAGUUAUGACAGAGCAACUUUUUUUGAACAACAAACAAAUUUUAUUUAUCUCACUUAUAGUCACUUUGUCAACCAAACUACCCCUCUGCUUUAAGAAAAGAGAUUUGUUCCUUGUCAUUAUAGCAAACCCUUUUCCCAUUAAGGUAUACUGGGAUAAUCAGCAUUGCAGCAGCAUUUAAUCACUCAAUUAUAAAUACAACACAGGUGGUGAACCCAAGCAGCAGCCAUACAUGCACACAUGCACGCACGCACGCACACGCGCGCGCACACACACACACACACACACACACACACAACAUAAAGUCACAGGCCAUUGGAUUUUUUUGUAGGGCAAGUGGAAGAGACAUAUACUUGCCCCAGUGAAAAAGUCAUAAACAACUUAAAACACACACGUCUUCACAUUAUGUGCCACUCAUUACUUGGCUAUUUUAUUAUGUGAAUAAUGGUUACAUUAAGGAUACCAAUUUGAAAUGAAGCCCUAUGAUACAUCCAAUUUAGUAUGCUUGCUAGUCAACCAAGUUUGACAUUACACAAACACUACGCCUGUAUCAUCUUGUUAGUGUUGAAAAUACUCAAUGCAAAACAAUCCAACUAUGAGGCUGGACCACUGGUUCACAAAGUGUGGGAGCAGAUCUGUGGCCAGAUGCUUACACCACUGUGUACGCAAAUGACAAAUAUGCAUAUCUGUUUUUCUUUGUCUGAUUUAUCAAGCUGCAUGCACAUUUUGAUCUUUAAAAAAAAAAAACUAAUCUCAACGAUUGUGCAUGAGCUCUGUCCCCGCUCCCAAAAUUGUCCAUAAAUGGAUGUAGAAAUGCUACUACAUAUGACUCUUAUACAUGGCUGUAGUUAUUUAUAGCACCAUGCAUCACAUGUAUCUGUAAACCAUCGCAGCAGUAAAUGAAAAUCUAAUUACUUAGAUUUUUACCUGGCCAAGAGAAAGGUAAAUGUACUUGUCCAAAGGACUAGUGCCUCAAAAAGGUAGUCCAACGCUCCACCAGUCAUAUGUGCUGGAUUAGGCCGUCAUUGUUAAGCUGAGUCUGGUCCGUCUGUGUGUCUGUGUGUAUGUGUGUGUCCCUUAAACCUUUUAGCCGGGUUCUAAAGUAGCUUAGCAGGUUGUGCUCCCUGGUCCAGCCUGUAGUGGAGCAGUUGUUGUUGUUGUCGUUGCCGCAUUGUUGACAUGAGCGAUGGGUUGGUGUGCUCACAGCCACCUUCAGGACUUUCAGAUGUUUCCUCACACACUGAAGACUGAACUUAGAAGUGGAUUAUUAGCAGACGUCUUAUAGCAGCAAACAAAAACAGAGUGGUUGUUGCCGUAGCUCUGAGCUCAAAUCUCAGUGUCCAUCUUGCCGUGAUCCUGCCUGCAUGACUGGCCAUGGUGUUACCUGCUGACCGCUGAAGGAUGCGAUCUUUCCUGGUUCCCUGAGGAAGGCAGGACGGCCGGACGUCGGCUGACAGGGAGGGGGCUGAGGGCUGCCCUCACCGGGCGCCCGAGAACCCCUCCGAUUAGGAAGAGGAACUCGGAGGACAGUGAGAGGUACUCACGUUCUUCACGGAGACAUACGCUCUCAGAUGAAGAUGAGCGGAUGUCGGUGGGAAGCCGAGGCAGCGUCAGGUCGGAUCUUGAUGCAGUCGGGGCUUAUGGAGUAGGGGGCUCUUCCUUACAUAAGAAGUCAAAGAAAAAGAAGAAACAUAAGCACAAAGACAGAGAUAGAAAUGGCUAUGAUGAUGAUUACAGUGUCAUGUCCAGCAGGAGCUCAAGACUCAGCGAUGAAAGCAGAGUGUCUCGCUCCUCCAGGCUAGACCUAACGAGCUCCAUGCUGGGUGAUGACAGUCGGGUGUCUCGAGCAUCCAGAUUAGACCUGCAGCCGGCCUCUUAUGCCUCUUCUGACAUGUACAGCCUCAGUUCUUCCAGGAAUCCAAGUUCAGCUUUCAAUGGCUACCAGAGCUCCUUGUAUGAAGACAGUCUGUGCAGUGGGUCACGGCGAGUCACUGGCUCCAGCUCCCAUCCUUUAGAACUUACUAGUUAUCGCAGCUCCAGCUCCAGAGCCUCCAGCAGGGCCAGUUCAGCCCGCGCUAGCCCAGUGGACAAUUGCAGCUCAGUUGCGAGUUUUUUGAGAAGCGCAGCCAGUAGCAGUGCCCUUCCCAGGGACCUGGAUGAUGUUACUAUUCCUGACUUUUCUGAUGUGGAGGACCGGGAUUAUCUUGAGAAGGGAUCUCGAGCAGCUUCUGCCUUAACUGCAGGAACGCUCACCUCCUUAGGCGGAACGUCUUCCCGGAGAGGAAGUGGAGAGACCGCUCUAACUGUUGAUGCAGAGAGCUCCAUAAGAGAAAUAAAGGAGAUUCAUGAACUGAAGGAUCAAAUCCAAGAUGUGGAAACCAAGUACACGCAGAACCUAAAAGAAGCAAAGGAUGCAUUAGCAGAAGUGGAGGAGAAGUAUCGUAAGGCCAUGGUGUCCAACGCUCAGCUGGACAAUGAGAAAAACAAUCUAAUGUACCAGGUGGACACACUCAAAGACUCACUCAUGGAGCUGGAGGAGCUGCUGUCUGAGUCACGCCGGGAAUAUGAGGAGAAAGUCAAGGAAUACGAGCGAGAGAAGCAUGCCCACGGUGUGCUUCAGUUCCAGUUCAGUGAAAUGAAAGAGAUGCUAAAACAAAGUGAAGAGCUGUUAAAUGAUAUCCGUCAACUGCGUAUGAAACAGGACAGUUUUGUUAGAGAAAUAUCUGAUCUGCAGGAGACAGUGGAGUGGAAGGAUAAAAAAAUUGGGGCCUUAGAGCGACAGAAAGAAUACACAGAUGCAAUCCGAAUUGAGCGAGAUGAGCUCAGAGAAGAAGUGGUGCAGCUGAAAGAUAUUCUGAAGAAACAUGGAAUAGUAUUGGGACCGGAUCUGAACAUCAAUGGGGAUGUUGGUGAGUCAGAAGUGGACGGGUCCCCCGGUGCAGACCCUGCUUCCCGAUCAGCUCAGGAUUCACAGACCUCCCCAACAGAGGGGAACAGCAUGCUCGGCAACACAGAGGAGACUGAGAUGAGAAGUAGCAGAGAGGAAGAGGUGGAUCCAGAGCAGCAACAAGAAAUGCUUCAGGAAGUCAAAGAGAAUCACUUGAGCUCUGAAAUUGACUCUCUGAACUCUACACUCUGUAAUGUUGCUGAUGUGGAUACAUCUAGUGAAAAACAGCUGUCAGAAGAACAACAGGCAAACUUACCCACAGAGGAGGACGGCAUUAGACAAAGUGGUCUCAGCAAGGACCUCACUGUUGACAUUCAUGACAGUCCAACCACAGAAGCCAAAGAUGUAAUUGCUUGCAGCUCUGAACCUCAACACAUUCACCCUGUAACAAGUCCUGAGGAAAAUGUUUCAGAAACAGAAAUAUCUGAGGGAGGAAAUUUAAAAGAGACGAGGUACUCAAAUUUAGGGGAGGCAGAAACCAAAAAUAAUAGUGUUGAAACACACAGUGAUGUUAGAGAUACAUGUACCAACCUUUAUGAAAAGCAAGACAACAAACAGGAAGGUGCUGAAGAAAGUGAUUUGAGUAAUACAGAACCAUGUCCUCAGCAAAAGGCUACACAAGAUGUUAUGAAAGAAAGUGUAUCCGAUGAGUCUGUCCCAGCUGCAUCAAACACAGAACCUCAGCAAGGAUGUGAGAAUGCUGAUGAGGCAGACAAUAUUGAGGCAGAGGAAAUACCAGGUAAAUCUGCCUCUGGAAAAAAGAAGAAAAAAAAGAAGAAAGGAAAAAAGAAAGGAGGGACUCAGGAUAACAAGAACCAGCAGAAAGAUGGAACAAACAAAGAAAACAAAACAGAUAAAGAUGAAGGAUCAGCAGCAAGAAAUGAUGGGUCUACAACGGAACCUAAAUCUGGUGGUCCUGUCACUGAAACCUUUGAGGAAUCAAAAGUGGAUCAAGUCAAGAAGGAGCAAGACAAGCAAGAAACUGUGGAAGCAGAUGCAGUGGAACCAACUGAACCAACCGAAAACUUUUCUAACUCAGAAGCUGUCAAAGAACCAAGAACGGAUCAUUUGUCAAAUGAAAAUGAUGAGAAACAAAGUUUGGAAACCAAGACAUUAGAUAAUGUUGAAGUAGUAAAUCUCACUGUUGUAAAUAUGGAUCAACUUAUGGAUAAACAAAAUGAGGAACAACCUUUGGAAACAGAGACAGUAGAAUCAGUACAUGCAGUGGAACAUACUGAAAGGUUUUCUCAUGUUGACACUCUCAAGGAAUCCAGAACAGACUCAAAUAAUAAUGGGCAAGACGAAGAACAAACUCUUGAAACAGAAACUGUAGAAUCAGUAGAGGCCGUGGAACCACCUGCUGAAACUCUCAAGGAAACCAAAACAGACUCAAAAAAUAAUGGGCAAGACGAAGAACAAACUCUAGAAACGGAGACGGUAGAAUCAGUAGAGGCCGUGGAACCACCUGCUGAAACUCUCAAGGAAACCAGAACAGACUCAAAUAAUAAUGGGCAAGACGAAGAACAAACUCUUGAAACAGAAACUGUAGAAUCAGUAGAGGCCAUGGAACCACCUGCUGAAGCUCUCAAGGAAACCAGAACAGACUCAAAAAAUAAUGGGCAACACGAAGAAGAAACUCUUGAAACAGAAACUUUAGAAUUAGUAGAGGCCAUGGAACCACCUGCUGAAACUCUCAAGGAAACCAGAACAGACUCAAAAAAUAAUGGGCAACACGAAGAACAAACUCUUGAAACAGAAACUGUAGAAUCAGUAGAGGCCGUGGAACCACCUGCUGAAACUCUCAAGGAAACCAGAACAGACUCAAAAAACAAUGGGCAACACGAAGAACAAACUCUUGAAACAGAAACUGUAGAAUCAGUAGAGGCCAUGGAACCACCUGCUGAAACUCUCAAGGAAACCAGAACAGACUCAAAAAACAAUGGGCAACACGAAGAACAAACUCUUGAAACAGAAAGUGCAGAAUCAAUAGAGGCUGUGGAACCACCUGCUGAAACUCUCAAGGAAACCAGAACAGACUCAAAAAAUAAUGGGCAAGACGAAGAACAAACUCUAGAAACAGAGACGGUAGAAUCAGCAGAGGCUGUGGAACCACCUGCUGAAACUCUGAAGGAAUUCAGAACAGAUUCCAAAAAUAAUGAGCAAGAUGACACACUAACAUCAGAAACAGAAAACGAAGAAGAAUGUGAAACUAUACCAAGUCUUCAUCCAGAAGCCAGCCUUUGUAAAUCAGACUUCAAAUCUAAGAGUACAGAGAGCACUGAUGGCCUUGGCACAAAGAGUGUAGAUGAUUCUGAAAGCAAAGUCCUCUAUACUAAGUCAGAAAUUGUUGGUCAAGUAGAAGCUGAAGUUGAGUCUGCUGAUGAGAUGAAACCUGAGUGCACAACUAAAAAGCCUGAAAACAGCCUUGAAACAUGCAGUAAAGAAAGCACUGAAGCUGAAUCACAUAUGUCAAGCAAUGAUGAUGUUGCUGCUAAUGAAUCUGAAUUCAUAAACAGUUCUGAGAGUAAAGAUAACACGUCUGUGUCACUUCCAUCUACUGAGGAUUUCAAUGAUGAUUUCAAGAGCUUGUCUGAGUCAGAGCCAUUGGCAGCCAUGAACUUGGGCAACAACGACCCUCCCAUGAAAGAUUCUGAUCAAGCUCUUGAAGAGGCAACUGAGGCAGUUGCCGAUGAUGGGGAUGCAGGAGCAGAGAUUGAAGAAGAAUGCAUUCAUCAAGGCAGAACAGGAAGGGAGGAUCUGAAUGGUGACUUGAAGGAACCAGGAGAUUUAGUUGAACCAGACUGCUCGUUGCACGAUGAAAAAAGUGACAAAACACCAUCAUUAACAAAUACCACAGAGGCACUGGCCUCUGGAAAGAAUCUUAAGGCUGUAGUGCAGAAUGAACAAUUGGACGAUGCAGAGAGCAAAAUAUUAGAGUGCAUGGAUCCAAUUGAAGAAUCAAAUGCUGAAGAGAAAACAGAGGAGAUCAAUACUAAUGCUGCAUUAGAUAUACCAGAGUGUCCAAUGGAAGCUACUGAGAAUGGUUCUGACACAGAGCAGGAGACAGAUGUUCCAGAAGACUCAGGUCUUAAAGACAGUCAACAUGUUAAAGAAAGUAAAUUAUCUCUUUGUCCUUUGGAUGAGCAGCCACAUGACAGCAAAGACAAAUGUGAGAGUAAUGAUUUAUCUCAACCCACCCAGCUGCUCAAUGAUGAAGACGACGGUGAAGAUGAUGAAGGGAUGUCUUUUGACUUUGAUGACAUGGAUAUGGAAGCAGCUGUAGUGUCAGAUCUCCCCAAAAAUUCUGAGCAGGAAGAAGUUGAGGAGGGAGUUGAAGUCAUGCUGGAUGAAACCACCAGUGGUAGUUCAGUACUUUGUCAAAGUAACACUCAGUCAAAUGAAAACACACAAGUCAAGCCAGUUGAAAGCAAUGAUGAGAAGUGUACAGUUGAUAGGGAUAACCAGGUUGAUGCACUAGAUGAAAAAUCAAAUACUGCACCCCAAGAAGCCCAAAACUCUUUGGUUAAUGUUGAAGCUGCAUCAGAAGAGGUGGAAAAUGUUUGUGAGGAAGAGAAGAACACACCGAAGGAAGAAGCCGGUGUAGCAGAUGAUCCAAGGCACAUUGCAGAAGAAGGAAAGGUGUUGAGUGUUGGAGGGUUGGGUGCUGUUGCAGAGAGCAUUAAACAAACAGUAUGCUCACUAGUAGAGGAAGGAUUAGAUGUUGUCAGGAAUGAACUGCAGGUUGAAGGUUUAGAUUUACCCAAAAAUACAGACCAAGUGGACACCAACAAAGAGGCACCGCAGCCAGGAAGGGAUGUGAAGAAGAGUAGUAAGAAAGGCAAAGGCAAGGGCAAAGAUGAUUGCAAGAUGUCUUAAGUUGCAGAUGGCAUAUAGUCUAUAUAUAUAUAUAUAUAUGUUAUCUGAUAUGCCCAUCUCUGUACUUUCAUUCACUAUUAGUUGCAACAAAUGCGCCAAACUUUACAGCACUUUGAUUCUUUCCCAAAUGAACAUUGGUGCAAGUAUAUGUAUUACUGGAGUCUUGUCUUUGAUGUCCUUUGUGCAGAAAUGGAAAAAAACUUAUUUGUUGAGAGAUGAGAAUCUAAAGUAUGAGAUAACUGUAAAUGAUAUUUCACUUGUAACUUUUUUAAGUUUGUGAUGCACAUUUAUAAUGCUGCUUGUAAUGAGUCAUGUCAUGCUCUGCAAUGGUUCUGCAACAGUAUCAUGGAUCAUUUCUUUUUCUAUUUGCCAUUUAAGGAGUUCAUUCAUGUUUUCACUUCAUAUGUGCACAAUAAAAAAACAAAAAAUGUCAAUUCAUAAUUCUCAUUAAGACUCUAGUAAACGAGCUUUACACAUUCUAGCCAUAAUGUUGAAGUUUAACGUGAAAAUUAGAAAUCCCGUCCUGUCCACAGGAUUUUGUUGACUCAAUUCUAAGCACAGAAAAUGUAGAUAAAUAUAUGUUUGCAUUCUGUUGCACUAAAUGGAGAUUAUUGAAAUGCUAAUAAAUUCCCUGCUGUUACCUAACUGAAAAUGUUGCUCUAAAUGCAUUCCUGUAAUGACAUAAAGCUCCUUGCAAGAAAUGUUAGAAUGAUUCUAUUUAUUCACAUUUACACUUCAGUGUUGUCCAUAUAUUAUUAUAACCUAUUGUGUGUGCUCAUAUAAUGUGAAUGUAGUCCUAGAUGCUGUGUGCUCUUGCAUUGACCCUCCUCUCCACAGUUUGUGCAUGCUAACACCCCCCCUCACACUCCAUCACUCCCCCAUGGAUGCCUGCUCUGUUGCAUGCAUCAUCCUCAGUCCCCUUCCUCCCAUCUCCUUGGCUCCUUCCACCCCUGGUAUGUUAACUUCUUUUUCUUUAAAAGAUGGACAAAAGCAGUUGUAAUUGAUGUGAGAAGUGAUUUUGCACUGUGAUGGUUGAUGCUCCAUUAGAAUUGAUGAUGUGCAGUGAGCUUCAUAAAUUGUCAUAAAUUGUCCCUUUUUUCCAAAAUAUAUGCUUUAUGUUUCAGAGAUUCGCCUGAGGAAACUUGUGGAUGAGCGUGAAAAAAUGAUAGAGCAGGU